CGGAAAAACAAUAAAACAAGGAUGGACUUAACGACGUGUUUGAAGUCGCUGUUGCUGACGAUCCAUCAGUACCGAGACAGCAGAACCGCUCAACACGCAUCGCAGCUUCAGAAACAGCUGGAGGAGGUUUCAGGUUUGAAGUGUGACCACCUCCUGUCCUCGGGUCAGGUUCUGCCCAGCGAGUGUGUGAGUGGGCUGGUGGAGCUGACAGGAAACCCAAACACCAGCCCUGUUCUGAUUGGCUCCAUCAUCUCCCUGCUGGCACAGUUAGCGAGCGAUGAUACCGGUCGGGAGAUUCUUCACAGCAGCUACAACCUCACCAGCACCUUGGCUUCUGUCAUCCACUGCCACAGCAGCACACCUGGAGAACCCCUGGUGAUACAGUGCUUACAGGUGCUUCAGAAGCUGACGUACAACACUCGCACCUUCCAGUCCACAAACUACAUCAAUGAGCUCAUCGGUUUCCUCAUGACCAGCAUUCAGUCUCAGAGCGAGGACGUCGUCCUGCCAUGCCUCGGUGUCAUGGCCAACCUUUGUCGAGAAAACCCCUCAGUGCAGAGUCACAUCAAGUCUCUGGACAACGUGAAGCAGUUCUACCGGACCCUGAUCAACUUCCUGGCCCACAACAGCCUGACGGUGGUGGUCUUCACGCUGUCCAUUCUGGCCAGUCUCACGCUGAACGAGACGGUGGGCGACAAGCUCUUCGACUCAAAGAACAUCCACCAGACGUUCCAGCUUGUGUUCAACAUCAUCGUGAACGGCGACGGCACGCUGACUAGAAAAUACUCCGUCGACCUUCUGGUCGAUCUGUUGAAAAGCCCCAAAAUUGCAGAUUACCUCACGAGGUAUGAGCACUUCUCUGCGUGUGUGUCUCAGGUUUUAGGGCUGCUGCGUUCCAAAGACCCGGACUCUGCAGCCAAGGUUCUGGAGCUCCUGCUGGCCAUGUGCAGCGUCUCAGGUCUGCGCUCGCUGCUCUGCGACGUGGUCUUCAGACCUGCCGGACCCAGACUUAGAGCCGCAGGCCGUAGGCAAGGUCCAGGACCGGAUGGGGGGCUGGUUCUGGUGCAGUGGCUCAGCUCGCCCGUGGAGGGCGCCGAAACGUGCUCGAUCAGAACCCUGCAGCUGCUGCACGAGCUGCUGGAGGAGUCGAUGGGAGCAGAGAACGUGUCUGAAUCCACGUUGAGCUUCGUAGAAAGGCUGCUUCCAGUCCUGCUGGGGCUGCUGAAGGGCCUCGAUCUGGCUAAAGGAGACGCUCACCUCAGGAGACACUGCCAGCGCAUCACACACGUCUCCAGCCUGCUGCUUCUCCUGUGCAGUGAGGACUCCACCAGGUCCUUGGUGUCCUCUCAGGUGAGCGCUCAGCUCUGCCUCUCCCAGGUAGAGGCUCUGCUCUCCUGUUGUCAUAGCAACAGCCCCACCUCCUGCCUGUCUCCAGGCUCCGACAACAAGCUCAGUCAGGUGUGUUCUGAAGCUCUGCUGAAGACUCUGGAGCUGAUGAGCCGACUGAGACAGCAGGUGAAGGACAUGGAGACGAGCUUCUACAGGCUGCUGCAGGACCAGAGGAUCGUGACCCCGCUGUCUUUGGCUCUGACGUCCCACCACAGGGAGCGCGUGCAGACCGGGCUUGCCCUCCUGCUUGAGGCCACGCCUCUCCCAGACUUCCCGUCACUGGUUUUGGGAGAGAGCAUCGCUGCCAACAACGCCUACCAUCACAGGGAGGCGGAGCUGUCAAUCAAGCGAGUGGCGGUGCAGGAAACCCUGCCUCUCAGAACGAACACCAGCGUCCUGGACUCCUCCAGGAGCGUCAGCUCUCUGGUUGAGAAGAUCCAGACCGGACUGGAGCUGCAGGAGCAGAUGAAGGACUCGCGUGUUUCUGAGAUCAUUGAUGUUUACGAACAGAAGCUCGCUGCUUUUACUUCUAAAGAGAGCCGGCUUCAGGACCUGCUGGAGGCCAAGGCUCUGGCUCUUUCUCAGGCCGACCGACUCAUCGCUCAGUACCGACUGCAGCGGGCUCAGGCCGAGGCUGAGGCUCGGAAGCUGGCCUCGCUGCUGAAGGAUGCCGAGCGGCGCCGGGAGGCACUGCAGGCCGAGCUGAGCAGCCAGGUUCUGGAGGUGGAGAGGUCCAGAGCGGACAUGGAGGAGCUGCUGCAGCACAACACCCGGCUGCAGAAAGACUCCGAGGAACAUCAGGCCCUGAAGGGAGCUUACAACGCCCUGCUCAGCAGGUUGAAUGAAACGGAGCGACUCCUCAAAGAGCUGCAGGCGGCUCACAUCUCCCUCAGCAAACAGACCGACGCUCUGAGGAGGAGCCACGAGGCGCUGCAGCAGCAGCAGAACAAGACGGCCUCGGAGUUGGAGGACAGAGAACAGCAGGUCAAGUCGCUCCAGUCUGAUGUACAGAAGAGAAACGGUGACAUCACAGGUCUGAACACUGAGCUGAGAGCCAGAGAGCAGCAGCUCAAGGACAAAGACCAGGAGAAGAAGGACCUGGAGGACACGGUGGACGCUUUGAGGAAGGAGCUCAACAAAACGGAACAAGCCCGGAAGGACGCCAGCAUCAAGGCGUCGUCUCUGGAGCUGCAGAGGUCUCAGCUGGAGACCAAACUGAAGCAGAAGGAGGAGGAGCUGAGCAAACACUCGGCCAUGAUCGCCAUGAUCCACAGCCUGAGCAGCGGCAAACUCAAGAGUGACGUCAACCUGUCGCUCUGAGGAUGAGUCCCUCCCACACACAAAAAAUAAAUAAAAAAUCAACUAUUUAUGCACCUAGAAUGAAACUUUAAACUGUAAUUAACCUCGUUGGAC